AUGCAUGCCCUCAUCUUUGGGAACGUGUCAGCCAUAAUCUACCGCCUCUACGCCGGUCUCUCCAACUUCCACGUCCGCAUGAAUGAGCUAAAAAAGUUCAUCACAGAGCACCAGUUUCCGGAGGACCUGAGCAGAAUUAUGCGCUGCUACGCCAAAAACACCUGGGCGUCUCAGGGGAUCAAGCACCAAGUGCUGCUCCAGGAUUUCCCGGAGGACAUCUACAGUAAAAUCCACCUGCACUUGUUUCACCAAAUCCUGGACCGGCCCCUGUUCAAGCGCGGCGACGCCAGAGUGAAGAAGGAUCUGGCCCUUCAUGUGAGCGUCUCCACCCAUCGCCAUGGAGACGUGUUCAUCCACAAGGGCGAGGUGGUGCAGGCGCUGCACAUGGUCAGCAGUGGAGCGCUGCAGCUGCCGAAUGGAGACUUACUGGGCCCAGGAGCGUUGUUUGGAACCUGGCAGAUGAGGAAGAGUCCUGUGUCCCGUGACACGCUGCAGGUUGUGGGCGGCUGCACCGUCCACUCUCUGAGUCUGGAAGCUCUGCAGAGAGUCUUAGACCUGUUCCCACAAUGGGGCAUGGAGUUCUUCAGGGACCUGCAACAGGACCUGGACCACGACAUCUGCCCCGAGACCAUGGAUUAUUUCUUCGACUGCCACACGGACUCCACCGCAUCUGUGUGA